AAUGAAAAAAGGAAUGGCCAGCAGUCGUCAGAAUAAGUGAAGCAGCAUCAUGAGACAGGCUUUGCCUUUUCAUAUCUACUCCCUUUGGGGACUUUUGCCGUUUUGGAUUCUGUGUUCGUCCUCUACCAACAAAUGCACUGUUAGACAUGAAGUAGCUGACUGCAGUCACCUGAAGUUGACUCAAGUACCCGAUGACCUCCCCACAAACAUAACAGUGCUGAAUCUUACCCAUAAUCAACUCAGAAGAUUACCAUCUGCCAAUUUUACAAGAUACAGCCAACUUACUAUUUUGGAUGGAGGAUUUAACACCAUCUCCAAACUGGAGCCAGAAUUGUGCCAAAACCUCCCCUUGCUGAAAGUGUUGAACCUCCAGCACAAUGAGCUAUCUCAACUUUCUGACAAAACUUUUAUGUUCUGCAUGAAUUUGACUGAACUCCAUCUAAUGUCCAACUCAAUUCAGAAAAUUCAAAAUAAUCCCUUUAAAAACCAGAAGAAUUUAAUCAAAUUAGAUCUGUCUCAUAAUGGUUUAUCAUCUACAAAAUUAGGAACCCAGGUCCAACUGGAAAAUCUCCAAGAGCUUCUAUUAUCAAAUAAUAAAAUUCAUGUAGUAAGAAGUGAAGAACUUGAUUUCCUUGCCAAUUCGUCUUUAAAAAAAUUAGAGUUGUCAUCAAAUCAAAUUAAAGAGUUUUCUCCAGGGUGUUUUCGUGCUAUUGGAAAAUUAUUUGGCCUUUCUGUGAACAAUGCCCCACUGGGCCCCAGUCUCGCAGAGAAGCUGUGUUUGGAAUUAUCAAGCACAAGCAUUCAGAAUCUCUCUCUGAGUAACAUCCAGCUGUAUACAACCAGCAACAUGACUUUCAUUGGACUAAAGCAGACAAAUCUCACCAUGCUCGAUCUUUCCCGUAACAACUUAAAUGUGAUUGGUAAUGACUCCUUUGCUUGGCUGCCACACCUAGAAUAUUUCUUCCUGGAGUAUAACAAUAUACAGCAUUUGUCAUCUCGCUCCCUUCACGGGCUUUUCAAUGUAAGAUACCUGAAUUUGAAACAGUCUUUUACUAAACAAAGUAUUUCCCUCGCUUCGCUCCCCAAGAUUGAUGACUUUUCUUUCCAGUGGCUAAAACGUUUAGAGUACCUUAACAUGGAAGAUAAUGACAUUCCAGGCAUAAAAAGCAAUAUGUUUGCGGGAUUGAUAAAUCUGCAAUACUUAAGUUUAUCCAAUUCCUUCACAAGUUUGAGAACGUUAACAAAUGAAACAUUUGUAUCACUUGCUCAUUCCCCUUUGCUCCUACUCAACCUAACCAAAAAUAAAAUCUCAAAAAUAGAGAGCGGUGCUUUCUCUUGGUUGGGCCACCUAAAAGUACUUGACCUUGGUCUUAAUGAGAUUGGGCAAGAACUCACAGGCCAGGAAUGGAGAGGCCUAGAAAAUAUUUUUGAAAUCUACCUUUCCUACAACAAAUAUCUACAACUGACUAGCAACUCCUUCGCUUCGGUUCCAAGCCUUCGACGACUGAUGCUCAGAAGAGCGGCCCUUAAGAAUGUGGACAGCUCUCCCUCACCUUUCCACCCUCUUCACAACUUGACCAUUCUGGAUCUGAGCAACAACAACAUAGCCAACAUAAACGAUGACAUGUUGGAGGGUCUUGAGAGAUUAGAAAUUCUGGAUUUGCAGCAUAACAACUUAGCGCGGCUCUGGAAACAUGCAAACCCUGGUGGUCCUGUUUAUUUUCUAAAGGGUCUUUCUCACCUCCACAUCCUUAACUUAGAGUCUAAUGGCUUUGAUGAGAUCCCAGCUGAGGUCUUCAAGGAUUUAUUUGAACUAAAGAGCAUCGAUUUGGGAUUGAAUAAUUUAAACAUUCUUCCACCAUCUGUUUUUGAUACUCCGGUGUCUCUAAAGUCAUUGAGCCUUCAGAAGAAUCUCAUAACAUCAGUUGAGAAGAAUGUUUUCGGGCCAGCUUUCAAGAACCUGAGUAAUUUAGAUAUGAGCUUUAAUCCUUUUGAUUGUACGUGUGAAAGCAUCGCCUGGUUUGUUAAUUGGAUUAAUGAGACCCGUACCAACAUCUCUGAACUAUCAAGUCAUUACCUCUGCAACACGCCACCUCAGUAUCACGGGUUCCCAGUGAUGCUUUUUGAUACAUCACCCUGCAAAGACAGUGCCCCUUUUGAACUCCUUUUCAUGAUCAAUACUGGCAUCCUAUUGAUUUUUAUCUUUAUUAUACUGCUCAUCCAUUUUGAGGGCUGGAGGAUAUCUUUUUACUGGAAUGUUUCAGUGCAUCGAGUUCUUGGUUUCAAAGAAAUAGACAGACAGCCAGAGCAGUUUGAAUAUGCAGCAUACAUAAUUCACGCUCAUAAAGACAGGGAUUGGGUCUGGGAACACUUGUCCCCAAUGGAAGAGAACGACCGAUCCCUCAAAUUUUGUCUGGAAGAAAGGGACUUUGAGGCGGGUGUCCUUGAACUGGAAGCAAUUGUUAAUAGCAUAAAAAGAAGCAGAAAAAUUAUUUUUGUUAUAACGCAUCAUUUAUUAAAAGAUCCAUUAUGCAAAAGAUUCAAGGUACACCAUGCAGUUCAGCAAGCUAUUGAACAAAAUCUGGAUUCCAUUAUAUUGAUUUUUCUUGAGGACAUUCCAGAUUAUAAACUGAACCAUGCACUCUGUCUGCGAAGAGGAAUGUUUAAAUCUCACUGCAUCUUGAAUUGGCCGGUUCAGAAAGAACGUCUAAAUGCCUUUCAUCAUAAAUUGCAAGUAGCACUUGGAUCCAGAAAUUCAGUACAUUAAAUUUAUUUAAAGAUUAAUUUAGCAAAGGACAAACUUUCUAAAUUUAAAAAGUUCCAUGGUAAAUUGAAGUUUUACUUGAAAGUAAUGUAAUCUGUUUAUUCAUAUUUAUAGGUAAUGAUAU